AGCCAUAGAUUGAGAAACUGUGAAGGGAAGCUGCAAUUACUUUAGUUCUGCAAUGAAAUAGCAAAAUUAUGCCAUUGAAAUAUAACAAGUAAAACAGGUUAGAGAACAUUCUAGGAAAAAAAUGGUUUUGAAAUAAAAGUUUUAAAAUAAUGACUAAAUAAUUAAAAAAGCUGAUAUAAUGGCUCAUCCUGUUGAUCUCACUCCAAUUAUUGGAAGAAGAUCUCAGAUCAGUUUCCUUUGGUUUGUAGUCACUCCCAAGCUUUCAGGUAAUCACUUCCUUUUGCUACUGAACUAAAAGCUUCUCUAACCUCCUAAUGCCAUUUCCAUAACUGUCUACUGCAGCUUCAUCAGUAGAGCUUUUGCUUCAGUGGGUGAUGGAUGUUGAGCCUUGGUGUUCUCCUGGUAUGGAUUAGCCUAGCUCGCCUGGCUGACUGUGGCCAGCAUUUAUGAGGUUCUGCAGAGAGUUCCAACGGUAUUUCUGGAUCCUGCCGGCCCAUUGGUCUGAAGUGGCGCUGUUACCAUAAAGAGGUCUGUCUUUCCAGCUGAGGUGGCACUUAACACCAUAUAUACGCUUAUUCUUUACUGUUUGGGACUUGGCAGUAUCUCCCUCUUCUUCUGCUGCAGCUCCUUGUCCUCAUCACUCCUGCAGCUUGCUCCAUUCACUCUGCCAGGAAGCAGCAGUGAGAGGCACCUUUAGAUUUGCUUUACAGGGUGUGAAGAUCAAGCACAGCCAAAUGUCUGAGGGAAAGAAAAUGACAUCGAGCCGCAGGCAUCAACUGAAGAGCCUGAUGCUGCAGAUUGCUACCAAAUGGCUCGAGGAGGAGAAGAAAUCAAUUGCAGCUGCAAAAGAGGCCUACCUUGCUGAAAACUGCCCACCGCCUGACCUCAGCGGAGACACAGCUGCCCUCACGGAAAUCUGCAAGCAGCUCCAUGCUGCCAUUGACAAGAUUGAUGAGGCGAGGUAUGAUGCAGAGGCCAAAGUUCAGAAGGCUGAUAAAGAGAUUGAGGAUCUGAAGCUGAAGGUGGUGGAUCUAGCUGGAGUGAAGAAGCCCGCCCUGAAGAAGGUGCGUAUGUCCGCCGACGCCAUGCUGAAGGCUCUGCUGGGCUCCAAACACACGGUCAACAUGGACCUGAGGGCCAACCUGAAGCAGGUCAAGAAGGAGACCAAAGAGGAGCCAACAGAAGCGAUCGGCGACUGGCGUAAGAACAUUGAGGACAAGGCCGACAGGAAGAAGAUGUUUGAGUCCUCCUAAAACUCUGCAGGACUGUGGCAGAUGAUAGCAGGGGAGACAGGUCUGACUGACGGGGUGCACCUCUGUGUCCCCUGUCAGGGCCCAGAGCGGAGCACUCUGUCUUGCUUUUCUAAUUGUCUGUGAGCACGCUGUGCUCACAGACAAUGUCUGUGAGGAUAGCCAGUAGUUAUCCUGUGAGAGUAUAACUACUGGCUGAGAAACAUCACAUCAGAAUGUACCAGUUUUCAUGAAAGCAGUAGAAAUAAAUGUUUUGAAAUAUGAGUAA